AAAGCUUAACAUUUCAACAGACAUCACACCCUUUUGCUGAUCACUUAUUCUUUUUCUUCUUUAUUUACUUCAACACACAUAUAUCACACCCUUUUGCUGAUUACUUAUUCUCCAGCUUAGCUAUCUUCUUUUGGCAUUUAGAUUUUAUACUUUCAUGGCUCCUGUGAUGAGUAAAGCAUGUCUUCUGUACUGUGUGUUGUUGCUAUGGGUAUCGAGUUCUGCAACUAUAAGGGUUGUCCAAGCAGAUCCACAAGUUCCUUGUUACUUCAUCUUUGGGGAUUCUCUAGUCGACAAUGGUAACAACAAUGCCAUGGCUUCUCUUGCUAGAGCCAAUUACCUACCCUAUGGAAUUGACUUCCCUGAUGGACCAACCGGAAGGUUCUGUAAUGGAGAAACCACCACAGACAUCAUUGCUAAACUCUUGGGUUUCGAGGAUUAUAGUCCACCACCCUACGCAAAUGCAAAAGAUGAAGAUCUACUGAGAGGAGUGAAUUUUGCUUCUGCAGCUGCUGGAAUAAGAGAUGAAACUGGGCAACAAUUGGGUGGUCGAAUCACUAUGAAUGGGCAAGUAAAUAAUUACCAAGCUGCAGUAAAUAGAGUUAUAAACUUACUUGGGGAUGAGAAUACAGCAGCAGACCACCUAAGUAGAUGCAUCUUCUCAGUUGGUAUGGGUAGCAAUGACUACCUUAACAACUACUUCAUGCCAUUGUUUUACUCUUCAAGCCUUCAAUACACACCAGAACAAUAUGCUGAUGUUCUUAGCCAACAAUACUUUCAACAAUUAAAGACUUUGUACAAUUAUGGGGCAAGGAAGGUAGCUGUGAUAGGAAUAGGUGAAAUAGGAUGUAGCCCAAGUGAACUUGCACAAAAUAGUCCCGAUGGCCAUACUUGUGUGGAGAGGAUUGAUAGUGCAAAUCGAAUGUUCAAUGACAGGCUUAUUUCUCUUGUUGAUAACUUCAACAACAAUUUCGAAGGCGCAAAAUUUAUCUACGUAAAUGUUUACGGAAUUUUCGAUGAUAUUUUGAAGAACCCUUCCUCUUAUGGAUUUACUGUUACAAACGAAGGAUGCUGUGGGACAGGGCGAAACAAUGGUCAAAUUACAUGUCUUCCUCUUCAAACUCCAUGCCCAAACAGGAAUCAGUAUAUGUUUUGGGAUGCAUUUCAUCCAACUGCAGCUGCAAAUGUGAUAAUUGGAAAGAGAUCAUACAGUGCUGCGUCUCCUUCUGAUGCUUAUCCAAUGGAUAUCAGCAGAUUAGCUCAGCUCUAGAGAUGGAGAUGAUAUAUGGCUAUAGAAAUUGUACUCUUUAAUGAGAGUUUAAAAUUGUUGAUCUUCCAUACCAUUAUUUCCAUAAGUAUUAUUGUCUGUUUGCAUUGGAGAGUUUAAUUUAAAAAGAAAUGUUAUUUUUCUCAA